GCGUCCACUUGGCAGAGCGCCUGGGAGCCGCCUAUGGGCAGGAGCGGAGCUGUCAAAUGCGAGGUUCCUUUAAUAAGAGCGACCAGUCCGGCUCCGGGAGUCAUGGCGACCGCAGCGUCUAACCACUACAGCAUCCUCACCUCCAGCGCAUCCAUCGUGCACUCGGAGCCCAGCGUCAUGCAGCAAGCCACGGCGUACCGGGAUGCGCAGAGCCUGUUGCAGAGCGACUACCCGCUGCAGAGCAACAGCCACACGCUCAGCCACGCGCACCAGUGGAUCACGGCGUUGUCCCACGGAGAGGGGACCCCGUGGUCCUCCAGCCCGCUCGGCACCGAGCAGGACAUCAAACCCGCGGUGCAGGGCACCCGGGAGGAGAUGCACAGCUCCAGCAACAACCUGCAGCACCAGUCGCGGGCGCCCCACCUGGUGCAUCAGGCGCACGGGAACCACCACGACGCACGGGCGUGGAGAACCACCACCGCGGCGCAAAUACCGAGCAUGGCGACGACGAACGGCCAGAGCCUUAUUUACUCCCAGCCGGGCUUCAGCGUCAACGGGCUGAUCCCGGGCAGCGGGCAGGGGAUGCACCACCAUAACCUCAGAGACAGCCACGAGGACCACCACAGCCCGCACCUCAGCGAGCACGGCCAUCCACCGUCCCAGCAUCAACACCAGCACCGGCCGCAGAGUCACCACGAGCACUCGGACGAGGACACGCCGACAUCAGACGACCUGGAGCAGUUCGCCAAGCAGUUCAAGCAGCGGAGGAUCAAGUUGGGCUUCACGCAGGCGGACGUGGGACUCGCCCUGGGGACCCUGUACGGAAAUGUUUUUUCCCAAACAACCAUAUGCAGGUUUGAGGCCCUGCAGCUCAGCUUCAAAAACAUGUGCAAGCUGAAGCCUCUGUUGAACAAGUGGCUGGAGGAGGCGGACUCCACGUCGGGCAGCCCGACCAGCCUGGACAAGAUCGCGGCGCAGGGAAGGAAACGGAAAAAACGGACCUCGAUCGAAGUGAGCGUAAAGGGAGCUUUGGAGAGCCAUUUUUUGAAGUGCCCUAAACCGGCCGCGUCGGAAAUAAUCACCCUGGCGGACAGUCUUCACCUGGAGAAAGAAGUGGUGAGAGUUUGGUUUUGUAACAGGAGACAGAAGGAGAAACGCAUGACGCCUCCCGGAGGAGCGCUGCCGGGCAGCGAGGAUAUGUACGGGGACACGCCGCCGCACCACGGGGUCCAGACCCCGGUCCAAUGAACUCCGCUGGAGCGCUCCUCCAGGACUUAUUCACCCUUUUUAUUUAUCCCCGAGGUUAUAUAUAAAUCACUGGACUAUGAGACGAUCUAGUGGGUGUUUUAUGUAUAAUAGAUUGCAGCGAGAACCUCCACGAUAUCUGCAGUGAAUGUGUGAGAGGGGGGGUUGGGGGGGGGCAGUCUGUGCUCUCCGAGAGCGCACCAGCACUGUGAGGCGGCUGUAGCCCCUGAUUGUGUAUUAAAAUUAUAUUUGACUCUAAACAUAAUAAUAAUAAAACAGGGAUGGAGAAUUUAGAUGGAAAAGCCUAGCAGAGUAGUUUCCAUUUGACAAUUUUUUUCUAUCAACUCCAACAUCUUUCUUGCUGUGUGCAAAAAAAAGCGGGUUAGUUUGUAGUAGCUUCAAAAUGUGCAUUGGGGGGUGGGGGGUCACAGAAAGCCGCGUUAAUGGAGCAAACUGGGGGCCAGUAAAGGCUGCAGCCCCAGUGGAGACACAUCUGUCAGCAACAAAGAGGACAGCUGCCUUUCAACUAUUAUUAUUAUUAUUAUUAUUAUUAUUCGUGCUGCGACCUCUACAAUUAGUGGUAUAAACACCAAGUGCGCUCGGUUUUUAACAGUAGUCAAACCCAGAGUUCAAUAACAGGAUCUCUUCCCUCAGAGCGUUUUUUUUUUAUUAUUAUUAUUAUUAUUUAUUUAUUUUUAUCAUUUUUUUUCCUUCAAGAUUUUUUUUAAAGCUCCAAGACGACUGAUUUAAAUAUCUGGCACUUUUUCUAUAAUGACAAAAUGGGCUCUAUGUCUCUGCAGAAAUAAGAUGGCAGCAUAAACAUCCAAAUCCACUUAAAUAUGGGGAAACCUUCUACAAAAAGUCACAAUUUAACCCAUCUUGUUUUGUUUUGUUUUUUUUGUUUUUGUUUUUUUUUUUAUAUAAUUUUCCACAGGGGUACUUUUUCUUUUUUUUUCCCUAUUAACAGAAUGAUGACUUUUGCUUAGAUCCAUAAUGAACAGAACCUGCUGAUUGGGUUUCAGGAUCCAGCCUACUGCCAUAUCCCUUGUUGUUCUUUUUUUCGGUCCAAUUUCCGCUCAGGUGCGUUUAAUUUGAAGCCAUUCUAUUGUUAUAUUCAAAUGUUGGUGAAAUCAGAUUAAUUUGAACAAUUUCGCGUAAACGGAAAAAAA